AGACUCGAUGGCGACAACAAAUAGCUGCCGUUAUAGCGUGAAAAGAGGUUCGGUUGGAGGGUUUGCCAACACUCUUCAUAGGUGUGGGGUGUGCGGCAAGCAGUUCGCUGCACCAAGUAAACUGAAGGUUCACAUGCGGAGUCACACAGGGGAGAAACCCUACAGAUGUGAGGAGUGCAGCAGGCAGUUCAGUCAGCUAGGGAAUCUGAAGACUCAUAUGCGGACUCACACAGGUGAGAAACCCCACAGUUGUGAGGAGUGCGGCAAGCAGUUCUGUCAGCUGGCUAAUCUGGAGAGUCACAUGCGGACUCAUACAGGGGAGAAACCUUACAAGUGUGAGGAGUGCAGCAGGCAGUUCAGUCAGCUGGGUGAGCUGAAGAAACACAUGCGGACUCACACAGGUGAGAAACCCUACAGGUGUGAGGAGUGCAGCAGGCAGUUCAGUGAGCUGUGUAGCCUAAAGACUCACAUGCGGACCCACACAGGGGAGAAACCCUACAAGUGUGAGGAGUGCAGCAAGCAGUUCAGUCAGCUGGGUGAGCUGAAGAGUCACAUGCGGACUCACACAGGUGAGAAACCCUACGGGUGUGAGGAGUGCAGCAGGCAAUUCAGUCGGCUGGGUCAUCUCAAGAGACACAUGCGGACUCACACAGGGGAGAAACCCUACAAUUGUGAGAAGUGCAGCAGAGAGUUCAGUGAAGUGGGUAGUCUAAAGAAACACAUGCGGAUCCACACAGGAGAGAAACCCUACAGGUGUGAGGAGUGCAGUAGGCAAUUCAGUCGGCUGGGUCAUCUGAAAAGACACAUAGGGACUCACACAGGAGACAAAUCAUACAGGUGUGAGGAGUGUAGUAGGCAGUUCAGCAGGCUGGAUCAUCUAAAAGAACACAUGCGGACUCACACGGGAGAAAAACCCUACAAGUGUGAGGAGUGCAGCAAACAAUUCAGUAGUCUGAAAGUUCUGAAGAGACACACGAAAACACACUUGAACAGAAGUGACUUGAUGGCGACAACGAAGAGCUGCCGUGAUGGCGUUAGCAGAGGUUCGGUUGGAGGGGUUGCCAACACGCUUCAUAGCUGUGAGGAGUGCAGCAAGCAGUUCCGUAAGCUUAACCAUCUGAAGACACAAAUGAGGACUCACACAGGGGAGAAACCAUACAGGUGUGAGGAGUGCGGCAAGCAAUUCAGUCGGCUUGACAAUCUCAAGACGCACAAGCAAACUCACACAGGGGAGAAACCCUACAGGUGUGAGAAGUGCAGCAAGCAGUUCAGUAGACCUGGUAGUCUGAGGAGUCACAUGCGGAUCCAUACAGGGGAGAAACCUUACAGGUGUGAGGAGUGCAGCAAGCAGUUCAGUCAGCUUUAUGCUCUUAAGAUUCACGAGCGCACUCACACAGGGGAGAAACCCUACAGGUGUGAGGAGUGCAGCAUGAAGUUCAGUACACGGAGUCACCUGAAGAGCCACAUGCGGACUCACACAGGGGAGAAACCCUACAAGUGUGAGGAGUGCAGCAGUCACUUCAGUGAGCUGGGUAAUCUGAAGACUCACAUGCGGACUCACACCGGUGAGAAACCAUACAGGUGUGAGGAGUGUAGCAGGCAGUUCAGCGAGCUGGGUAAUCUGAAGAAGCACAUGCGGACUCACACCGGUGAGAAACCCUACAAGUGUGAGGAGUGCAGCAAGCAGUUCAAUGAGCUUUGUCAUCUGAAGAAACACGUGCGGACCCACACAGGGGAGAAACCCUAUGGGUGUAAGGAAUGCGGUAGACAGUUCAGUUUGCAGGGUAAUCUGAAGACUCAUAUGCGGACUCACACAGGGGAGAAACCCCACAGGUGUGAGGAGUGCAGCAAGCAGUUCAGUUCACAUGGUAAUCUGAAGACUCACAUGCGGACUCACACAGGGGAGAAACCCUACAAGUGUGAGGAGUGCAGCAGGCGGUUUAGUCAGAUGAGUAGACUGAAAGUCCACAUGCGGAUACAUGGAGGGGAGAAACCCUACAGGUGUGAGGAGUGCAGCAGACAGUUCAGUGAGCUGGCUCAUCUUACGAAACACAUGCGUAUUCACACGGGGGAGAAACCCUAUAAGUGUGAGGAGUGCAGCAGACAGUUCAGUGAGGCAGGUAGCCUGAAGACUCACAUGCGGACUCACACGGGGGAGAAACCCUAUAGGUGUGAGGAGUGCAGCAAGCAGUUCAGUCAGCUGAGUAAUCUGAAGAAACACAUGCGUACUCACACAGGGGAGAAACCCUACAGUUGUGAGGAGUGCAGCAGGCAGUUCAGUGAGCUGGGUGCUCUGAAGACUCACAUGCGGACUCACACAGGUGAGAAACCCUAUAGGUGUGAGGAGUGCAGCAAGCAGUUCAGACAUUUGAAUGCUCUGAAGAAACACAAGAAAACACACUCCAGGCGGUUUAGUCAGAUGAGUAGACUGAAAGUCCACAUGCGGAUACAUGGAGGGGAGAAACCCUACAGGUGUGAGGAGUGCAGCAGACAGUUCAGUGAGCUGGCUCAUCUUACGAAACACAUGCGUACUCACACGGGGGAGAAACCCUAUAAGUGUGAGGAGUGCAGCAGACAGUUCAGUGAGGCAGGUAGCCUGAAGACUCACAUGCGGACUCACACAGGGGAGAAACCCUAUAGGUGUGAGGAGUGCAGCAAGCAGUUCAGUCAGCUGAGUAAUCUGAAGAAACACAUGCGUACUCACACAGGGGAGAAACCCUACAGUUGUGAGGAGUGCAGCAGGCAGUUCAGUGAGCUGGGUGCUCUGAAGACUCACAUGCGGACUCACACAGGUGAGAAACCCUAUAGGUGUGAGGAGUGCAGCAAGCAGUUCAGACAUUUGAAUGCUCUGAAGAAACACAAGAAAACACACUCGUGACAAGGUCUUGAGAAAGAAUGACAUAGAAUGGGCAGCUAACGGUUUAUUGAGCUCGGUUUACUCUCCUUGAUACCAUGAUCCGUUGUGUCCAUUUCAGAAGGUAAUGCAUAGCUAAUACUUGCUAUUGCAUUGUAUACUUCACUCAGUCUGUUGAGGCUAUUCGAUUAUUUUUAAAGCAUAAGGUUGUAAGUUUUCAUUAAGAGUUUGUUUCUGGUUAUGAUGUCUUUUAUAAGUCACAAAUGACAAUGUCAUAGUAUCAUGACGAGGCUUGUUGACGUUGUUGGGUUUCACUGUGGUCUCCUCAUAUGAG